GAAACGGCGGAGGGAGCGCGAGUGAGCGGGAGUUGGAUUUGGAGAGAGCGAGCUUUGUUGGGGCCGGUACCGGCACGGUGUAGCGGGAGCCGGCCCAAUAUCGGACCGGUGCUCGGCGCGGGAUAAGCUGGCGCUUGGUGGAGUGUAGUGGCUUCAGGGAGGGCCGAGCGGAUGGCGGGGGACUGGCGGAAGGAAUACCUGUGGAAGACGCUGCUGGCCCUCGGCUUCCCGCCGAUCGGCGACGAGCAGCGAACGGCAAACCGCAUUGUCUAUAACGUGGACAUGUUUGACAAGCCAAAUGUGGAAGCAUUCCAUUUUGUUGCAUACUACUUGUUCUUGCAACUGGACCAAAUGCGUGCCAAUGUUGUCUUCAGGGAUUGUUGGCCUAUUUAUGAUAAGAAAAGUGCUGCAUGCUUCAGAAAAGCGUGUUAUGAGUGGAUGAAAAAGAUUGCUGAAGAAGUUGGAAAUGGUUUUCCUCAAGUUGUGGCUUCUUUAUUUCUUUCUCCUGGAGGUCCUAAAUUUAUUAAUCUUAUGUACGCUUUUGCAAAAUAUGUACUCACGCACAAGUUAAAUAUACAAAUUGAAAAGAACAACUGGCGCAACAAGAGAGUAAGGGGAAGAUCACAAGACCUUCAUAUAGCAGCAAUGAAAUGUUGUGUUGCACGUAGCCAGUUUAUAGAAGGAAUUCAGAAAGAAGCUUUUGUCGUUGAAGAAUAUAAAAGAAGGGAAGCAUUACUGGUUAAAGAAAAUCAAGCCUUGGAGAAACAGCAUAAAGAAAUGAAGGUCCUACUAGAAAAAGCUGCCAGUGGCUUCACAGAAGAAAGUUUUCCAGAACUGAAUGAGCCACGUGAGAUGUGGAACACAGUAAUGGACACGUUGUUGGAGUUGGAGAAAGAAAAGGAAGUUAUUGAUUCCAUAAUGGAGGGUCGUGUAGACAUGAGUAUUCUUGAUGGGACUGAUGUUGUAUUAAAAGUUCCAAGACCAUUAAUAAUUAAGAUUGAACAAGAAGCAGAUCAAAUUGAUGAUCUGUACAAAGCUGGUAAACUGAAUCUUUCAGCCGUAACCCAGCUGUGCAAUUGGUCUCUCAGACUUCUUGGUGACCAGCGUGACCAAGUAGGCUCAGCGGAAUUAGAACGUCGUCCUUCCUUGGAGAAUUUAGCAGAAUUUCUGAAAAAUGAGCUAAUUGAAAUGAAGGAAAAAAGCCAGAAGAUAACACAAGAAGUAGUUCCCUCUGUGAAACAAUCAAUAGCCAAAAUGGAAAGCACAUGGGACAAGAAAUGGGAGCAGUAUUUGCAUAGAACAGGAUUUUCCCCAAUGAGGAAAAAAUAUCCUGUCCUUGAUCUUCUACCGACCAUGCCAACUUUAUCAUUUGAGCCUGCUUCAGAAGAAGCUUAUAAAAGCAGUAUAUUUUAUUCACACUCUGCAACACUUUCAGGGCUUGAAGAAUCCUGUACAAAAUCUUCUGAAAGAGAUGACGCUGGUAUCUUGAGCAUUUCAAAUGACUCCAAUGAUCUAAGCAUGUCAAAACUUCAGUGUUCAGAAUGCUUCACCCCUUCUAUCAGAAAACUAAAUGAGCAAAUUAGUUCUUCAUGUUUUACAGAGGAAUCAAUUGAAGUACCAUUGGUAAUGGGGCAGCCUCUUGAAAGUAGAUUGGAGAGUUCAUACGUUGAUAAAAUGGAAACAUGGCAUAAGGACAAAGAUCAAAGUCCACCACUUUUGAAUAAGCCUAAAGGGAAUAUUUUUAAAGGAAAUGAACCAUAUCAAAAGACUGUUGACCAGUUGGCUGAAGAGGUAGUAGAUACUGUAACAAAAGAUUCAUCUGGAGUAUUUCAAAAGGAAGAUCUAGUCCAAGAAAGUAUUCUUUUCUCAUUGUCUAAUAGUCCCUUCAUUACACAAAGCGAGCUACCAAGAACACCUGAAAAUUUGAUUUCAGAUAUUAGAAACAGCUGGCGAUGUGCAGUUCAAGAAUCUGAACUCGAGCGAAUGAAAUGCCAGGAGUCUGUGUCUACACAUACAAAAUGGGCUAACUAUGCAAAUGACCCAGUUCAGCUGGAACUUGAUGAAUCAUCAUCUGCAGCGUAUAGAAAGGUUGGAUCUUUUCAGGAGACUACUCCCUCAGCUGUGACUGAACUUCACUGUACUGACAUUGAUAAAACAGGAAGCUGGGGUAGGACUCCAUGCAAUCCUGACGUAGUGACAGCUAAUUCAAACCAUCUUUCCACCAGAAAUGAAAAGUGGGCUCUGGGUAUGGCACAGUUUGAUUACAGAGACCCAGGAAUGGACUAUUCAAAUAUGGGAUCUGAAAAUGAGCGGCAUAACUCCAAUAGUGAAACUGCAAGUAAUGAUAAAGAUGGUGUGCUGAUUGGUAAACUUCUGUCUCCAUUUUCUGCUUCCCAGGAUUUCUGUUCUAGUGAAGGUGCCAAUAAACAUUCUGGAAAUCUCAUAAACAAUGACGAGAUUGAUCUUGGUCAUUCUCAACGAUUUUUGUCUCUUGAUAAAUUGAAUCCCAAAUCACCAAUUAAAAAGGAGAAAUUAUCGAAAAGUUUCAUUUUGGAAAUGUACAAAACCAAUGAAACUUUGGAGAAUCCCAAAUCCUAUAAUUCUCUAGAUACUGAAUGUGAAUUGGAUAGUACAUUACCUUGGAGUCAAUCACAGAAUGUAAACACUACUCCACGCGAUUCAUUGAAUUCUGUAACGUUUGGAAUUCUGCAGGAGACAAUUCCUGAUGUCCUUGGUAAUAAUGACAGUUUGAACAGCACUAUGAGUCCCAAUGUUGAUCGGCUGGAUGAGCCUCAUUUGGAUAUGAAAAAAUUGCAGAAUAGAUGGGAGCAGCUUCAUCAGAGGACUUUGGCUGUUAUUGCAUCUGAUGCAAGUGAAAAGAUAAACUUAGCUGAAAAUAUGGGAGCUUUUAAUUUCCAGAAUUACACUGAUAGUAAAGAUCAGUGCAAGUCUGAACUUCCUUGUGAAGUAGACUAUAUAAGUGAGGAAGCUGGCAAACUGCUUACUCGGGAAUCAACAUCUUUGAAAGCUCUUUCACCAGUUUCUUUUGGAUCUCAGAAACCUGGUUUUUCUUUGGGCAGCUCUUCAUUUAAUAUCUUGGAGCUUCAAGAUGACCUUAUUGAUCCUUCUCCACUCAAUCCUUUUCAGGAUGAAGCAUCUCAAAGGACAUGUCUUGCCAAAUCAGAACCAUCUUCUGUCACCCUGGAUCCUUUCUCAGAUAAUGGAGUGGAACAACUAAUAAUGUUUUAAUAGGGACCGAUGGCACAAGUGCAACUCGGAGGAAAAAAAUCUGUUGACCAUGAUGCACUUUUGGUAUUUGCAGUUGGACAACCAUUGGAAUAAGCGAUACAGCAGAUCUUGUUCUAACAUAAGGUUAAUUGCACUUUGACCAUAUAUCUAAUCCAAUUAUCUGUUCUUGUUUGUGAAGUAGAAAAUUCUGUUUACCAGCAGAUGGUGUUUCAUGUAAAGUAUUGUAUAGAUCUUUUUGUAUAGAUUUAUGUAUAGAUGUAACAUACACAAGUUGAGUUUAUUAGAAGCCGUAACAUUAAUCUUGAAUAGGGAUCCAAACUAAAUUCAUCCAAUUUCAAGUAAUUCCGACUGCAAAAACUGUCAGAAAUGUAGUAUUAAUUCAUCUUUAAAAUGCCAGCAAUGCCUAGUUGAUUUAUGCAGUUCAGUAAUUAUAGGUUUGACAUUGUUUGAUUAGAAUCCAGAAUUCUGGUCAUGUAUUCUGGAUUUAAUUAAUUGGGAACAUGGCUGCAGAUCAUAAAACUAAAUGGGAACUCAGUGGGUUGAGCAGGGAGUGGAUGAAAAGGAAGUGCUGAGGGGCAAAUUGUCACUGCUUUGUGUUCAGAACAAACAUCAGGGCUGAGAGUGGAUGGAAGAUUGUAAGUCCUGAGGGGUUGAACAGAGAAGGAAUGAGGGAUAAUGAGCAGAUUAAGCCAUAAAGAGUAAAGGUAGAAUUAGGAGACAAGCUGGAUAUGCUGGGUGAAAGUAGAUGAGGGGAGGGGGAAGAAAGGGAAGGGGGGGACAAUAAGAACACAAAGGCAACCUGCUUAUGUUUCCAGCACUUCUUUCGUGCCCUGCUUAUCACUCUACAACAUCUAUUUCCCUCUGCCGUCCUGGCUUCAUCUGCCUUUUUAUUUUCCUUGUCUGUUUCCACUCAUCGCCUUAGCCUUUGCUUCUCAGCUCCACCUCUCCCCUACUUGGUUCCAUUGGUCCAUUAAGUCUCAACACUCCUCAGCAUCUCUCACCUACUCUCUCUGUCCCUCCGUUCCCCCCCCCCCCCCCAAUUCCCUCUCUUUAAACUGGAUACCUUCGCUCUUCAUUCUCCGUCCUGAUGCAGGGUCUUGACCUGAAAUGUAAACUCUCCCCUCCCCACAUCACCCAUCCCUCCCCCCAUAUAGAUACCGUACAACACACUGAGAUUCCCAGCAGGUUUUUAUAAACAACUGGGAUUUGGUUCAGAAGCUUCCCUUUAGCAGGAUUUAUCAAAAAAUGUAAACUACUUGUUAUUUCACCCCAGCCUUUGUACUUUUUUUAACCUUGCAAAAAAAAUCAUUUGCCAUUAAAGUGAAAGUGACUUUC